AUGGCCUAUAAUCGUGUGGCCGCCGGUCAGUGCUCCUCCAGCCCUAUUGGACCCUCCCUACCUCACCCUCCCUCUGUUCUUGCCUACCCGUUCGGAGACGAGCAUACCUCGCCCAUGUUGAAUCCCUCCCAUCUCACCGGAUACAGCAAUCGCACGCCUUCCCCAGGGCGACCACUGCAGCCUGGCUACCAGCUUUCAGACAAUCCAUAUGGCCCUCAGUCGCAUCUUCCCAUGCCAUCCAGUGAUCGCUUGGCCGAACAACCUACUUACUCUGUCGAAAAUGUUCACAACUCUUAUGGCCAUCAUGACACUUACGACACACACCAUCCUUAUGCUGGCCAAGAGUAUGCUGUUGACCCUGAGGCCCAUCACGACGCCUACUACACCCAACCCUACCAGCCUACCCACACGCCACAUGACGAUUAUGACCUAGGCCAGUAUCCGGAGGGAGGACACACCCCCUUUCAAGAUGACCAGCCCAUGCUGCAAACGGGCGACAACCCCUUCGGGCCGGACCCGUAUACUGAGUUUCAGGAAGAAAUACAACCCACGCCCAGCCCAGCGCCUAUUCGUCGUUGGAAGACGGUGAAAGAAGUCCAGCUUUUCAACGGCAACCUCGUGCUCGAUUGCCCCAUUGCACCGAGACUACUCGACCAAGUACCCCACGCAGAUCCGCCAGGUCGCGAUGAAUUCACACAUAUGCGCUAUUCGGCAGCGACAUGUGAUCCCGCCGAUUUCUUCGAAGAGCGAUUUACUCUCCGUCAGAAGCUUUUUGCAAAGCCUCGAAACACCGAGCUUUUCAUCGCCGUGACCAUGUACAAUGAAGAUGACUUCCUUUUCGCGCGCACCAUGUCUGGUGUAUUCAAGAACAUUGAUCACAUGUGUUCGCGCACAAGCAGCAAAACAUGGGGCAAGGAUGCGUGGAAGAAGAUCGUCGUCUGUCUAGGUGUGUACCAGGACGGCAUUGCGAAGCAGCAAGUCAACGGCAAGGACGUCACUGCGCACAUCUACGAGUAUACCACUCAGGUUGGGUUGGAGGUAAAGGGCACCCAAGUGCAUCUCAAGCCUCGAUCUGGGCCUCCUGUGCAGCUGAUUUUCUGCCUGAAGGAAAAGAAUCAGAAGAAAAUCAACUCUCAUCGAUGGUUCUUCCAAGCCUUCGGUCGUGUCUUGGACCCCAAUAUCUGUGUUCUCUUAGACGCGGGUACUAAACCGGGUAGAGAUUCGAUAUAUCACCUCUGGAAGGCCUUCGAUGUCGAGCCCAUGUGCGGCGGUGCAUGUGGUGAGAUCAAGGUCAUGCUGUCUCACGGCAAGAAGUUGCUGAACCCGCUGGUGGCUGGUCAAAACUUCGAGUACAAGCUUAGUAACAUUCUCGACAAACCGCUCGAGUCUUCAUUCGGUUUUAUUACGGUGCUACCUGGUGCGUUCUCCGCCUACCGAUUUGUUGCACUCCAAAACGACAAGAAUGGCCAAGGUCCACUGGAGCGUUACUUCUUGGGUGAGAAGAUGCAUGGUGCAAAUGCCGGUAUCUUCACGGCAAACAUGUACUUGGCCGAGGAUCGAAUCCUCUGUUUCGAGAUUGUCUCCAAGCGGAAAUGCCGAUGGCUUCUCCAAUACGUCAAGUCGUCAACUGGUGAAACUGAUGUGCCUGAUCAGAUGGCCGAGUUCAUUCUCCAGCGUCGUCGCUGGCUGAAUGGAAGUUUCUUUGCUGCAGUUUACGCGAUCACCCACUUCUAUCAGAUCUUCCGCAGUGAUCACAGCUUCAUUCGAAAGUUCAUGCUCAUGAUUGAGUUUGUCUAUCAGACAAUUGCGAUGAUUUUCGCGUGGUUCGGAAUCGGUAACUUCUUCUUGGUUUUCCACAUCUUGACAACAUACUUGGGCUCAGAUGAUCUACUGGGUACCGCCGGUAAGGUUUUAGGCAUCGUCUUCGAGUGGCUAUACCUGGCAACUCUCGUUACGUGCUUCGUUUUAGCGCUCGGUAAUCGACCCGGCGGAUCCAACAAGUUUUAUAUGACCAUGGUUUAUUUCUGGAUUGUGAUCAUGAUAUACCUUGCAUUUGCUGCUGUCUUCGUCACGGUCAAAUCGAUCCAAGCAGAAGUGGCCUCAAACACCUUUUCGGUCGGUCAAUUAUUCUCCAACGAGACGUUCUUUUCUAUCAUUGUCUCGCUUGGAUCGACCUAUGUCAUGUGGUUCGUGGCCUCGUUUAUCUUCCUGGAUCCAUGGCACAUGUUCACUAGUUUCAUUCAAUACAUCCUGCUCACACCAACCUACAUCAACGUCCUCAACAUCUACGCCUUCUGCAACACCCACGACAUCACAUGGGGUACCAAGGGCGAUGACAAGGCUGAGAAGCUGCCUUCUGCGCACCUCAAACCCGGCGGCAAGGUCGACGUCAACAUUCCGCAAGAUGACGGCGAUCUGAACGCACAGUAUGAGGCCGAGUGUGCCAAGUUCGCCAUGAAGCCCCCAAAGGAGGUUACAGUCAUUUCCGAGGAAGAGAAGCAAGCCGAUUACUACAAGGGAUUCCGCAGUGCCGUCGUGCUCGCCUGGGUUUUCUGCAACUUUGCUCUUGGUGCGGUUGUACUGAGCGCUGCCGGAUUGGAAACUUUUGAUGACACAUCCAAGACCAGUUCCGAAGAUGCGCAGACCAAGCGCUCCAUGAUCUACAUGGAGGUUGUCCUGUGGAGCGUUGCUGCUCUGUCGAUGUUUAAGUUCAUUGGCGCAAUGUGGUAUCUGGUUGUUCGUAUGUUCCGCGGCGUUUGA